UAGAAAGAAAGAGAGAGAGAGAGAGAGAGAGAGAGAAGAGAAGAGAGAGAGGAACUAUUGAAUUGACGCCAUGGGAGAUCAUCUUCUUCGCAUCUUCAAUUUAGGGUAAUUCAAUCGUUAGUUCGGUUAUCGGAGACUGACUGUCACUUCACAAGCUUUACUAACUGUCAGAUCGAAGACAAGACAUGGCUUUAUUUUCUUACAGAUUUCGUUGAAUUGAAUUGGAGAGAAGUAAAAGAGAAGAGAAGAGAAGAGCAUCCGAGGUAUAGUAUCAGAUCAGUUAAGCUUCUUUUUUAGUACUAUAAGGGACGAUCGAUUCUCCUAUUGACUUUGAUAGAGAGAUUUGUAUAUAGAUUAGGAGGAACUAGAAGGAAAAACCUGUGUUUUUGUUUUUGCAAGCUACUAAUCGUAAACUUAUAUAAUCGAAUACCGAACCGGAGAGAUGGAAGAGGCGGGUGCGCAAGUUGCUCCUCCAAUUUUCAUUCAUAGAACGCUUUCGGUUAUGGGGAAGAAACGCGAUCUCCCCUAUCAGACCCCUAAUUUCCAGCAGCGGUUCUCUAACCCCAAUCCCGUCGGUAACUGGAACCCUAAGGUCUGGGACUGGGACACGGUUAGGUUCCUUGCCAAGCCCCUCGACUCUGGUGCGGCCACCGUCAACGCGGACCACACUAAGGCGGAAGAACCCCCUGUAACUCCGCUUACUUUGACGAAUAAAACACCCGAGGUAACCGAUGCCACCCUCCGCCUCAAUCUGGGGGGCGGCUUCACUAGUGGGGACGACCCCGGAUCCAGACCCAAUAAGAGGGUCCGCUCUGGCUCUCCCGGUAGCACCACCUACCCCAUGUGCCAGGUCGAUAACUGCAAGGAAGAUCUCUCUGCUGCAAAAGACUACCAUCGCCGACAUAAGGUGUGUGAGCUUCACAGUAAAUCUACUAAAGCUCUUGUUGCCAGCCAGAUGCAGAGAUUUUGCCAGCAGUGUAGCAGGUUUCAUCCCCUUUCCGAGUUUGACGAGGGCAAGCGCAGUUGCAGAAGGAGGCUUGCUGGGCAUAACCGGCGUAGGAGGAAGACUCAACCAGAUGACGUCGGCUCUAGACUUGUGCUCCCUGGAGAUCGAGACAAUAAAACCAACGGACACUUGGAUAUCUUCAACUUGUUGGCUGCUGUGGCUCGCGCGCAAGGGAAAAACGAUGACAAAAAUAUGAAUUGCUCGCCUAUACUGGACAAAGAGCAGCUCGUUCAGAUUCUUAGCAAGAUAAAUUCUCUGCCUUUGCCAAUGGACCUCGCCGCAAAGUUGCAUAAUCUGGCAAGUUUGUCCAGGAAAAUUCCAGAUCAAACUUCUACGGACCAUCAUGAUAAAUUGAAUGGAAGAGCAUCUCAGUCUACCAUGGACUUGCUUGCUGCUCUUUCGGCUACUCUAGCACCAUCUGCUCCCGAUGCCCUUGCAACUUUAUCUCAAAGGAGCAGCCCCAGCAGUGACAGCGGGAAAACUAAGUUGAACUGCCAUGACCAGGCCAACAGUUCGGUUUUGCAGAAGAGAUCUCCCCAAGAGUUUCCUUCACUUGGGGGAGAUAGAAGUAGUACCAGUUACCAGUCUCCCAUGGAAGAUUCUGAUUGCCAGGUUCAAGAAACACGCGUAAACUUACCAUUACAGCUCUUUAGCUCGUCCCCUGAGAAUGAUAGCCCGCCAAAACUGGCAUCUAGUAGGAAGUAUUUCUCAUCUGACAGCAGUAAUCCCAUUGAAGAGAGAUCUCCGUCGUCGUCUCCUCCCGUUAUGCAGACGCUGUUUCCCAUGCAGACUAUGGCAGAAACUGUCAAGUCUGAGAAGAUGUCAGCAAGCAGAGAAACUAAUGCUAAUGUUGAAUCUAGUAGGAUUAAUGGGUGUAACAUGCCAUUUGAUCUUUUUCGAGGGUCUAAUAGAGCAACUGAAGCUGGUUCCAUUCAAAGUGUUCCUCAUCAAGCUGGAUACACCUCUUCUGGGUCGGAUCAUUCCCCGUCUAGCCUAAAUUCUGAUGUCCAGGUGGAUCGCACUGGAAGAAUAUUAUUUAAACUAUUCGAUAAGGAUCCUAGCCAUUUCCCUGGUACUCUGAGGACACAGAUUUUCAAUUGGCUUUCUAACAGUCCUUCGGAAAUGGAGAGCUACAUACGACCUGGUUGUGUCGUUCUAUCAGUUUAUGUUUCGAUGCCAUCAGCUGCCUGGGAACAACUUCAAGAAAACCUUCUUCAACGUCUCAGUUCUUUGGUACACAGUUCAGCUUCUGAUUUUUGGAGAAAUGGAAGAUUUUUGGUGCAUGCAGGCAGACAAUUAGCAUCUCAUAAAGACGGGAAGUUUCGGUUAUGCAAAUCAUGGAAGACAUGGAGUUCGCCAGAGCUGAUCUCAGUUACACCUUUGGCUGUUGUAGGUGGGCAAGAAACCUCUCUUAUAUUGAGGGGAAGAAAUCUGAACAAUCUAGGCACCAAGAUUCAUUGCACGGACAAGGGUGUUUACACGACAAUGGAGGUUAGGGCAUCUACCUAUCAAGGUACCAUGUACGAGGAGAUAAACUUGUGUGGUUUUAGAACUCAUGAUGCAUCUCCCAGUUUGUUUGGCCGCUGUUUCAUCGAGGUGGAAAAUGGUUUCAAGGGCAAUAGCUUUCCGGUGAUAAUAGCUGAUGCUUCUAUUUGUAAAGAGCUGAGAGUUCUUGAGUCUGUGUUUUAUGGGGAGAAAAAAGUGAGUGAGGUCAUAGCAGAAGACGAAAAUCACGAUGAUGGAAGGCCAAGGUCAAAGGAUGAAGUUCUUCACUUCUUAAAUGAACUCGGUUGGCUGUUCCAACGUAAAAAGGCCUCAUCUCUUCUAAAUGGUCCUCAUUAUUCACUCGGCCGAUUUAAAUUUUUGCUCACAUUUUCUGUCGAAAGAAAUUGUUCUUCUUUGAUUAAAACACUUCUGGACAUACUUGUUGAAAGAAAUAUGGAUGAGAAUGAACUAUCAAGGGAGGCAGUGGAGAUGCUAUCUGAGGUUCAGCUCCUGCAUCGUGCAGUAAAAAGUAAGUGUAAGAAGAUGGUUGACUUGCUCAUAAAUUACUCAGUUAUUGGCUCCAAUGAUGUCUCGAAGAAAUAUAUUUUCCCACCAAAUCAUGUUGGGCCUGGCUACAUUACUCCUCUCCAUUUGGCUGCUUGUAUGUCCUCUUCAGAUGAAAUGAUUGAUGCAUUGACAAACGACCCACAGGAGAUUGGAUUGAACUCUUGGAAUUCCCUUCUCGAUGCAAACGGGCAGUCUCCACAUGCUUAUGCUUUGAUGACAAACAAUCAGUCAUAUAACAAGCUGGUGGCUCGUAAACUUGGUGACAGAACGAAUGGGCAAAUCACUGUAACAGUUGGAAAUGCAAUGAGUGUCGAAUAUCAACAUGGUAGUCGGAGAUCUUGUGCCAAGUGUGCAGUUGCAGCAACAAAGUAUAAACGAAGGGUGCCUGGUUCUCAAGGUCUGCUGCAGCGUCCAUAUGUUCAUUCAAUGCUUGCAAUUGCUGCUGUCUGUGUCUGUGUUUGCCUGUUCUUGCGAGGCCUUCCAGACAUUGGCGCAGUUGCCCCCUUCAAGUGGGAGAAUUUGGAUUACGGCACAAUUUGAUAUUUUAUAAGACAAAUAUAGUACUGGAUCAAGAUUAGAGUGACUGACAAAUUUGGGCUGCCUGACAAGAGAACUGGCUACUUAAUAUGUUCUCUCUGUCAAAGCUCAAAAUGGUUCUUGAGGUGUGCAAGAAGCGAUUUUCUCAGAUGUCAACGCUAAAGUCGGAACCUAAUGCGUCGGUUUGGCAUUUGCCGGCAGAUGUGAGUCGAGCACGAUGCUUUUUGGAGCCUAAGAUUUGGGAUCGUCGCCGUAAUAAUCUAUGCCCUUCUGGCUGAUUUUCUUUGCAGGCAAAUAGGUGACUCUUUCUUUGGUCUUUGUUUUGUCUUUUGGGAGUUGUAGAAGUUAGAAGUAUACUAUUUGUUAGAUGAUGAGGUGAAAUGGAGGAAUGGGGAAAGAGGGUCAAGAGAUUGAACAAGGAAAGGAAGGUAGAUGCAUAAGCCGUUCUACUGUUAUUAAAGGUUUUCACUACGUUAAUUUUUACCACCUUUAUUAUAUUGAUUACAGUUUUAUGGAUAUAUAUAUAUUAUAUAAUAUAAAUAUAUAGAGAAACCCAAGUAACUUUUGUGUAUUGAUUUCGUCACUGUAAAGUUGAUCCGGAGAUUAAUCACGGAAGUGACACUGUGAUAUAACUGAAUAGUGCUUGUAUUAUUCCAUUCCAAUUCCAGGUACAUGUUAGAAGGAGGUGUAUUAUUUUUUUUUAUUAUUUAUUAAAUAUUUAGUCCAAGACA